ACUGAGCAUGCGCAGUAUGCACGGCCUUUUCCCAGUUCUCCAGCGCCCUUACGUGAGCGCUGUGACUCUCCGGUCCUAGCCUCGACGGGACAAAAUCCGGCAAAAUGGGGUUUGUAAAAGUUGUGAAGAACAAGGCUUAUUUCAAGAGGUACCAGGUUAAGUUCCGCAGAAGGAGAGAGGGCAAAACUGACUACUAUGCCCGCAAAAGACUGGUCAUCCAGGACAAAAACAAGUACAACACCCCCAAAUACAGGAUGAUUGUGCGCAUCACCAACAGAGACAUCAUCUGCCAGAUUGCCUAUGCCAGGAUUGAAGGUGACAUGAUUGUCUCUGCUGCUUAUAGCCACGAACUUCCCAAAUACGGUGUGAAGGUUGGGCUGACAAACUAUGCUGCAGCCUAUUGCACUGGUCUGCUGCUGGCUCGCAGGCUGCUGAACAAGUUUGGCCUUGACAAAAUCUAUGAAGGCCAAGUGGAAGUGACUGGAGACGAGUACAAUGUGGAAAGCAUUGAUGGCCAACCUGGUGCCUUCACCUGCUAUCUGGAUGCCGGUCUCACCAGGACCACUACUGGAAACAAAGUCUUCGGCGCACUCAAGGGAGCCGUAGAUGGAGGCCUGUCCAUUCCUCACAGCACCAAACGCUUCCCCGGCUACGACUGCGAGAGCAAAGAGUUCAACGCAGAAGUCCACCGCAAACACAUCCUGGGCCAGAAUGUGGCGGACUACAUGCGUCUUCUAAUAGAGGAAGAUGAGGAGGCAUACAAGAAGCAGUUUGCCCGGUAUAUAAAGAAUGGUGUCACAGCUGACCAAGUACGUAACAAGACAGCAUGCAAGAGAUUUGAGAUUCCAGCAGGACAGAUCCAGAAAAUUCCAAAGCGCCUGACGUUUGUGUUGGGACAUCUCGAUGAUCAGAAAGCGAUGAUUCCUGUACAGCAAGAGGAGCAGGUUCUUGGGUUUUACUUGCGUGUUUGUGAACUUUGCAAACUGCUGCACUUGCCCCAGGAAUGCAGAGACUUUGCUGAAGAAGCAGCCUGA